AUGAAUCACUUUGCUCUGAGGAAUGACUGUUGCCAUGAUGCAAAGGACAAUGUGCUGAAUGACCAAAUGACCUUCAGGAAUGUGGCUAUUGGUCUGAUGUUCUUAUCACAGGUUGCCAUUGGAAUUCUGGGAAAUAUCUCUCUGCUUUAUCAUUUAGUACUUUCCUGCAAGGAGUACACUUUGAGGUCCACAGAUUUGAUUCUCAGGCACCUGAUUAUAGCCAACGCCUUGGUCAUUCUCUCUAAAGGAAUUCCCCAGACAAUCGCAGCUUUUGGGAUAAAAUAUUUCUUCAAUGACCUUGGAUGCAAACUUAUUUUGUACAUUCAGCGAGUGGGCAGGAGUGUGUCCAUUGCCAUCACCUGCCUCUUGAGCAUCUACCAGAACAUCACAAUCAGCCCCAUGAACUCCUGUUGGAAGGAUCUCAAAGGAAAAGCUCUAAAGUACAUUGGCUUCUCCAUUUCCCUCUGCUGGAUCCUGUACAUGGUGGUGAAUUUCAUUUCUCCUCUCUAUGUGCUGGGCAAAUGGAGUAGUGAAAACACAACAGAGAAAAGAGAUUGUGGGUUCUGUUCUUAUGGUGGUCAUGACAAAAUCACAGACUCACUAUACACAGCAUUGUUUGUGUUUCCAGAAGUCAUCUUCUCUCUGCUCAUAAUCUGGUCCAGUGGCUCCAUGGUUCUCACUCUGCACAGGCACAAGCAGCGGGUUCAGCACAUUUACAGCCUUAAAGAAUCCCCCAAAUUCUGCCCUGAGUCCAGAGCCACCCAGAGAAUCCUUGCCCUGGUGGGCACUUUUGUGACUUUCCACACCAUCUCAUCCCUGUUAAAUGCUCAUAUUGCUCUGUUUCCCAACCCCACAGAGUGGUUGGUGAACACCAAUAAGCUAAUAUCAGUGUGUUUUCCCACUCUCAGCCCCUUUCUCCUCAUGAGCCAUGAGUCCACUGUGUCCACUCUAUCCAGGCUCUGCUCUGUGUGUAUCAAAAGUACGAGGUGCUGCUGGGUGCUGUAG